AUGAAGAAGUUUCAUUUAUUGCUUGCCAACUUCCUACCAACCGAUAAAGGUGACCGAGUGUUGAGUUGCGGUGAAGGCGAGCAGCUCGGACAUCCCGGGCGCAGCGUGGUUGCUGGUGGCGUCCAUUCGUUGGUGCUACUCGAAGAUGGUACCGUAUACGGUUGCGGAAUCAAUGAGAAAGGUACAAUUCCGGGUGAAGGUGUGGAGCCGGAAGGAUCCACCGAUAAGCUAACACCAAUAAUAUUCGACAAUGAACUGAUACAGCGUGCCAGCUUCUCGGCAGCUCUCACCGACCAAGGAAGUGUGAUUGCGUGGGGUAAUUUACGAGGUAUGUCUGGAUGUAUCGAAAGUCAUGAAACAUUACUGGAAAUGGAAAAACGGCCGGUGGUCAUCGUACAGCACCAGCACAAAGUAAUCGUAAAGAUUGCAGCCGGUGAGAAUCAUUUGGUGAUGCUAUCAGAGAAUGGUGAAGUGCUAACUUUCGGCGAUGGUUCAGUGGGCCAGCUGGGAAGAUGCGCACGUGUAUCGCAUAUUCGUUCCCAACGAAUGGUCAGCGAUUCGCCGGAUUCAUUGAAAAUUUCCGUAAUUGACAAAGCAAAACGGAAACUGGUUGUUUUUGAUAACAUCAUGGCCGGUGGUUUCUGGACAGCUGCACGUUCUGUCGAUGGCGCAUUUUAUGUUUGUGGACUGAACAAUUUUGGUCAACUCGGGAUACCAACGCCAGAAGUUUCGGAUGGUGCAGGUUAG